UUUUUUUUUUUUUUUUUUUUCGCCGCGUAAUGUUUCAUGCUUAUUUGAACUCGGAAUCCGAGAAUUGCGGUUCUUUCGUUCUAUGGGAGCAAUACAGGGACGCACACCGAUGAAUGGUUACAGAAAUGACGCGGCAUUGAGCUCGUAUUGCUAUAUGUUGUCGAGUCAAAGAAUGUGUGAUUGCUCAAGAGAAGUAGAGAAUCUUUCUGGAAAUUGAUAGCACUGUUGCUAUGAAUUUUCGCCACCAUUGUGUGAAAAUUUCAGGCAACCAAAAAUUCCAGAAAAAAAAAUCCCAAAACGAACAAGGAAAAAGACCGAGCCAAAGCUUUCCUUUCCCCAGUUGAUGUGCAUUUCGUCUCAUGGCUAGUGAAAGCGAGGAGGACGAUUAUGGCCCCGUCAUGGCAACUUGGGGCUCACAGACCACUGACUCCGUCACUGCUUGGAAGGCUCUCGUUGAUCCGGAAGUCAAGCUAGGUCCCGCAGGGGUAGGCAGCGGUAAUCUUCAUCGACGCGGUCCUAAUUACAAGCCGCUCACAGAGGAAGCCAUUCUGUCCCAGCGCAUGAAGCAGAAUGCACCCAAACCCAAGGCAAACAAUGCCAAGAAACAUAAAGAUCAGAUCAAUCCUCCCCCCAAAUCCCCGAAAUCGUCCACUAAGCCAACGAUACGAAAACCUUUUCCAAAGACCAACCGCAAUUGGGCUCCGGAGAACAAUAAGCCAACGAUACGAAAACCUUUUCCAAAGACCAACCGCAAUUGGGCUCCGGAAAACAAUAAGCCAACCAUACCAAAGCCUUUUCCAAGAACUAGCCGUAAAUAUGCUGCGGAAAACAAUACGGGCGAUACCAGAAGAAAGGGCGCCAACACCUCCGCGCUCAGCAACAAAAGCAAUGCGUAUAACCAAAGAUCUUCAGCCAACGAAUCGUCAGCAUGGACCAAUCAACCCUUGACAACGCAACCCUUUUGGGAAGCCAAAAACGAAACUACUUCGAUCCCUGGGUCUUUCCAAUCACCACCACCACCACCACCACCACCACCACCGCCUGUCCAACGCGAAACGUUUGCACGACAACCCAAAAAACCGUCAUUGCCACCAUUACCCUCAAUAAAUGAGGUGCCGUCGUCUCCGUCGAAAGAAAAGCAAUCAUCCGAGACCAAUUGGUCGUCAAAAGAAAUACCAGAUAAUAAUGCGAAUCGAACGGUGGACGACGACUUGACGGCUCGAUGGGACAAUACAUUCAACAGCAUGGAUUUAUGGACAAAUACGUCCAAUACAGCUGCUAUACCUGAAUCCUAUGAGAAAAAGGACGCUCCUCCAGUCCGCACCCGUAGCCGUUUCUCGUUGACGCAAAAACCGAAAUACUCUGAGUAUGUCAAACCCUCUGAAAGCUUGCCCAUUAACUACCAACCCGAAGAAUUACGGAAAGCCAAGAAGCUUGCUGUAGCACCUCCGCCAGCCUCAGAAAACGUCGUCGUCGUUACUAUCAAUAUCCAACUUCAAGCAAACACGAGCAUUGCGUUGGAUGUACGAUUAUACGACGAUCCGAAACAGCUCGCUCUACAGUUUAGCAGCGAACAUAAUAUCAAAUCUCCCAAUGUCGUCAACGCUCUCUAUAAUCUGAUAAAACAACAAAAAGAUCAAGCAACGACCCAACCGCGCCGACGAUACUACCGGUAGUAUCAACAUAUCAUCAUUAUAUCCUUGUCAAAUAGUCAUUGCAUCAAUUUCAUUUC